GUCAAGUAUGUCAUACUGGAAACGCUAUCGUUCGAAUGUAGCAGCUGUUCAUGCCUUAGCAGAAAGUAGUAGUGAUGAAGACCAACAUCAGGAAGAUCAUGAGCUGUCUCAUUCUCCAGAUCAUUUCACCAAUGAGAACUUGUCUGAUCCGUCUUCCAAUGAGAGCUUUGACAAUAAUAACAGAAGUGAAGAUAAUUUUUCUGACUUUUCCUUUUCUGAAACAAUUCAGUCCUCAGAUUCUUCUGAGACCGAGUCAAGUUUAUCAGAAGAUGAAAGUGACAAUUUAAGGAAAAAUUUGGCAUCAUGGGCAGCAAAACAUAAUGUGAGUAAAGUUUGUGUAGAUGAAUUGCUAACAACUUUACAGCCACAUUGUAAUGGCCUCCCAAAAGAUGCAAGAACUCUUCUUAAGACUCCAAAAUCAAUAGACUUCAGUGAAAAAUGUGGUGGAAAAUAUAUAUACUUUGGAAUGAAAACGGAUCUACUGAAAAUAUUAAAAUUGAAAUCAUUUUCUUUAGAAGAGAACACUGUAAAACUUAAUUUUAAUAUCGAUGGAAUACCUUUGUUCAAGUCAACAAGUGCACAGUUUUGGCCUAUUCUUUGCAGUGUAAACAGUUACACACCAUUCAUGAUCUGUAUUUUCUAUGGAGAAGGAAAGCCAAAUUCACUCGAAGACUUCUUGUCUGAUUUUUUAACAGAAUUAAGUGAACUAAUCCAGGACGGAAUAAGUUUAGAAGAUACGUUGAUAAAGGUUGAAGCAAAUGCUUUUAUAUGUGAUGCUCCAGCUCGUGCAUUUCUGAAAUCUAUUAAGGGCCACACUGGUUACAAUGCCUGUGAAAGAUCCACCAUACAUGGCUACCACACAGAUCAUCGUGUCGUUUUGGACUCUGAUCAUUCUUGUGAACUUAGAACUGAUGAAGCCUUCAACGCAAAUAGAUACCGGGACACUGGGCACCAAAUGGGAGAAACACCUUUAGUUACGUACGGAAUCAAUUGUGUUAAAUCUUUUGCGCUUGAUUACAUGCACAAGGUAUGUUUAGGCGUGGUUAAACGUAUUCUUGGAUUUCUAAAGCAGGGACCAACUAAUUGCAGGCUAUCUGCACAACAAUUAACCCAAAUUUCAACAAAUCUACUAAUGUACUCUGGCAAACUGCCAUCUGAGUUUGCUCGUCAACCUAGAACAUUAUAUGAUUUUGAGCGCUGGAAGGCGACAGAGUUUCGGCAAUUUUUGUUGUAUACCGGUCCAAUUGUCCUCAAAAAGGUAUUGACAAAAGAUAUGUAUGAACACUUCUUGUGUUUAUCUGUCGGCAUGUCCAUUCUUCUAGAGAGUGAUAAUGAAACAAGGAAUUUUUACUUGAACUAUGCACGGGAAUUAAUGACAUAUUUUGUUACAAAAAGCAAAGAAUUUUACCACCCGAAAUUCAUUGUUUACAAUGUACAUUCACUUAUUCAUUUAGCAGAUGACUGUGAACACUUUAAUUGUUCGUUGAAUGAUAUUUGCGCUUUCCCUUAUGAAAAUCAUUUGCACUCAGUCAAAAAACUUGUUAAAAAUGCUAAAAAUCCAAUAGUUCAAGUAGCUAAAAGGAUCCAAGAGAGGAGUUAUACAGCUAAUGUCACAAUUAAACAGAAAUCUACAUUUAGUGUUAUUUCCACAAAAGAAAAAAACAACUGUUUCCUACUACAAGAUGGAACAUACGCCUUUGUGAAAGAAAAAAUUGACCAAAAAACUCUGCUAUGUCAAAUUCUGAAACCAGAACAAGCCGAGAACUUUUUCACCAAGCCCUGUGAGUCAAAGCUUUUCAACAUUGCUUUCAGGAAGAAUAAUCUGCGACUGAAAAGGAAACGUGUUGCUGUUGGUGAACUGUAUAAGAAGCUUGUGAGAUUUCCAUUUGAAAGGGGAGUUGUCCUCGUACCCAUGCUUCAUUCAAUUGAGCACUGAGCAAAAGAAUGUACGCUUUAGUAGUGUGGUUGGAAAAUGGAAUUGAGGUAGAGGGAGUCAUUCCAAUUUCCUGGGUGGACUUCAUAGAAAAUGUGAUAUAUUGGCCACCUGGAGUGGACGCAAAACCCUACAUAGAAAAACUCAGCACGCCACUAAUAACUUCCUGGAGAUCCUUUCCGUUGAAGAAAGUUAAACAUAAGUCUGAACAGAAGUCUGAAUGUGAUGAUUAUACUUUCACAACAACUCAAGAGACAGAUUCAGAGGAGGAGGAUCUGAAACGGAAGCCAAAGAAGAAGAGCUUUCAAGAUUAUGUAACUGGUUCAGAAACAUCAGAUGCUUGUGCUACAGGCGGUACCAAAACUGGAGAUUCUGAACAUGAGAAAUCCAGUGAGUAA